AUGCUACCCAAAUAUAUUUUUGUAAUUUCUGUUUUAACGGCUUUGCCGGAAACAGUUCUUACCCACUCACAUAGGAACUCAAGAGCAAGCAGUAGCGAUGGAGAUGAUUCGUUGAUGGAUCCAGAUGAUUAUUUGGAAGCCGUUAAAAUUGAUAUCGAGGGAGCCUUUAAUACGCGGGGAUCUUUUGCAUGUCCACUAGUCAAACCAGUUCUUCAUACUGGUGAUAACAUCUCGAAUCUCUCCCCGGAAGAUAUUGAUAUUGUGGCUGCUAUGGGAGACUCAUUGGCUACAGGACGAGGACUUUGGCCUAGUACUGAUGUAGAAUUUCGAGGAGCAGCGUUUCCUAUAGGAGGAGAUGCAAAUAUUGACGGACUUGUAACCAUUCCGAAUAUUCUAUCCCAAUUCAAUACAAAGUUAGAGGGGACUGCUCAUGGAAUGGGUGAUAGAGAACAAUUACCAGCCUAUCAGUAUAACGUAGCUCAAUCGAACUCCGAAACAGAGCAUUUACCAGAACAGGCUGUAGAGUUAGUGUUCAGAAUGAGAAAAUACACAAAACGAUUAAAUGAAAAGUGGACGUUGAUAAUCAUUGCUACGGGAAGUGAAGAAUUUUGUUAUCACUGUGAUGCACCGAGUCAUUCAUCAAUUAGACAAGCUCUGGGUAUUCUGAGAAAAGGAAUACCCAAAGCUUUUGUAGUUUUGUUAGGCCCAACCCAUGUUGCUUUAUCGUUCAGCUUGAAUAGAAAUCUAUUGAAACCUCGCUGUCCAUGCCUAGCUGAUCUGUCUAAGAGCCAAUAUCUGAAAAUCGCAGCGGAGUGGAAGCGAGUCUUUGUAUCAGUUCAAGAUGAAUUCAAUUCCUUAAACUAUAGUACAUUCGGGGUGUUGGCUAUUCCUCACUUAACCAUUCAUUCAAGAGAUCCACAUUCAUUAUUCGUUGAAGAUAAGCCUUUACUAAAUCGAAAAGGACAUAUGUACGCUGCAAAAUGGCUAUGGAAUCGAAUGAUAUCUGGGACAAGUUAUAAUAUCUCAGAUGCUGUUUUCUCGCAAGACUCCUAUUAUUGUCCUUCCGUGGGUUGUCCAUAUUUUCGGAGUGUUCAUAAUUUCAAAUAUUGCUCUAUUCAAACAGAAAAUGAAUACCAAAUAAGACAUGCUUCAACCAUACCCCCUAAUAUGACAACACCAAAGCCUCAUAGAGUAGCUGUGAGGGAGCAUCAAUGGCAUAUCGUCGCUGUUGUUAUUGUAUUAGCAUUUCUAUCUGUUACUACGUUCGGAACCAUCUUCUUCUGCAGAAGCCGUGAUGCAAAAAUCAGCGGCUUAGAGAAUAUGGAUCCACAUAGCAGUGAAGCUACACCCUUGCCUGAUGCUCGUUUAGGCGGAUAA